AACAGACAUAUCGCCUACACAAAUUCAGACUGAUUUUACAUACCUAGAUAAAGAUGGACAAGUUGGCCAGAAGCAAAAUAUUGAAUGUGAUAUGCAACCGUUGAAUUUUUUCAUCAAGCAAUCAGAAAUAUAUCAAAGACCAGUACUACACAUAUCAAAUAGACUGAAGUUGGGUUUAGAAAAGAUUUUUGGUGACUAUCUUGAAUUAUACUCAAGUUACAAAAGCAAUGGGAAAGAAAGAUUACCAGUGAGCCCAGCAUCCGAGCCACUUGGGCGAGCUUUCGAAAGUACGCGGAAGAGAAGAACUUCAAAUAGUGACGAAAGGAUAAAAUCAAGUAAAAAUCGGCUAAAGAGAAUUAGAAAUUUAUUUGUCUCCUUAGACCCAAACAUAUUUAAAGAGCUAACGGCAAACUUUGACAUGGACGAUCUUUUUGCGUCGAAGGAUGAAUCUUGUGGUUCGGAUGGCGAGUCCUUUACUACAUGCCAUCCAGGUUACAUGUAUUUUUUUAUAAUCACAUAUCUGCACUGCCUCAACAAGCAAAUAGAGGAAAAACUAGAAAGUACUGUAGGAUCGAAUUGGAGAGCAAACAACAUUUGGUAUAGCGUCUCUAUUGAUAAAAAUUUAUUGGAUACUGUAUUCGGCUCAAUAAAAAAUAUGGAAAAAUCUUUCUUUGCAAGUGGAAUACUCAGGAAGGACGACGAACUUCGAAAAGCAAAAUUCUGUACCCGUGGUGAAGAAAUUCUACCAGCUCUCCAACACAAGUAUCAACACUUGGAAUUUACGUUGAAAUCAUACUAUGUUGUUGCACAGAUAUCUUCAAAGCAUAUUCAACUCAGUUUGCAUCAAGUGGUCAAACUGACAUCACCCGGAGAAGAUCCAGCGUCUAUCAUUAUUCAGGAUGAAAUGAUACAAAUCGAUGAUGUAUAUGAUACACUGUGUAAGAAUAUUAUGAAGAGCCUACAAGUCAAUUGUCAAGUUGACUAUUGCACCACGCACAAGAUUCAGGAAGAUAUACAAUAUGAUUUCCAGUCAUUAGAGAUAUAUAACAAUAUAUAUCGAAAUUUAAAACCAUGCGUUGUUGAACUUUUCGAAAAAACCAAAUCAAAUUUGAACAUGGAUUCCAAAAUACAGCUUGAUAUCAACACGAAAUGUGGUUGCAGUAUUAGCAUAUUUCUUCGUGACAUUAUUGAAGUAGGCCUUAUGUCAGUAAUAGAAGGUAUAACAACAGAUAUAUUGGCUUCUUUGGACAACGAAGAAUUAUUUGGAAACUACGUGCCGAAUUACAUUUUUGUGUUUGGAGAUCCGUUCAAUCUGGCGCAGGGUUCAAAGAUACACAUAGCAUACACCAUGAUUAUGCAAAAAUCGGUUGAUGACGUCGUAUAUAUGGAAGAAAAAGAUACAAUGAUAUUUGUACUAAGAGAAUCUAUUUUCGAAUUAUUGGAGACGUUUUUAACUGGAAAAAAGCCUUACAUGUUUGAUAGGUUUGUCACUGGGACAUUGUGCCAAGUAUCAAGCAAUACAUACGGGAUGCGGAUUACAAAUUUUGGCAAUUCGUUCCCUUUCACCCGAAUAAACAGUGAUGGUGAUAUCAAAAAUACUAUUGCAGGUGAUGAUAGUUAUUUGGUAUCUAUUCAGAAAGGGAAGCCAGUUCCAACAAAAGGGUUUAUAAUUCAAAUCAAUGAACUUAAAGAUAUCGUAUUAGAAAUUUUUCAAUUAGAAAGUUCAACCAGUACUGUUCCGGACAAGUAUACUCUAUUGCACGGCGACCCUCCUGGUGCUACGUAUACAAUCAACUCUUAUUUGUUGACGGGUAUUUCUAUUAAUACAUUUGUGAUAGAAUAUGAGCAGAUUAGCAAUAAUUUAUCUAUCAAAGUAUCAAGAGGAUGUAUGGGCCAUAUUGAUGACUAUAUUGAUAACCGUUAUUACGAAACCGAAAAUAUCCUGGAGCCAUUGACACUCGCUUAUAUUUAACAUAUCACUGCCUUCAAUAAAAUCAACCUAUUUUUAAACCACCGUUUUAAA